AUGAGAACCUCGCUGCCACUGCCGGCGCCCUUGGUGCUGUCGUUGUUGAUCCUUGGCUCAGGGUAUUAUGCUGCUGCAUCGGAACUCAAAGAUACCUUCUCUGGGAAAGGGGAACGGUCUUCCGGGGACCAGAGUGCCAAUGGGCUUGAGGUGAUGGUGACUUCAAGAAGUGAGACGUCCUCAGGAAGCGAGGUUUCCUCAGUGAGUGAAAUGCCUUCUGGUGGCAAACAGUCCUCAGAAACCGACUAUGACUAUUCAGAGGAGUAUGAUAACGAACCACAAGUGUCCGGCUAUGUAGUAGAUGAUUCAGUCAGAGUUGAACAGGUAGUUAAACCUACCCAAAACAAAACAGAAAGUGGAAAGACUUCAAACAAACCUAAAAGAAAGAAAAAGGGUGGCAAAAAUGGAAAAAACAGAAGGAACGAAAAGACUAAAACUCCAUGUGAUGCAGAAUUCCAAAAUUUCUGCAUUCAUGGAGAAUGCAAAUACAUAGAGCACCUGACAGUAGUAACGUGCAAAUGUGAUCAGGAUUACUUUGGUGAACGAUGUGGGGAAAAGUCUAUGAAGACUCAAAGAAUGGUUGACAGUGAUUUGUCAAAAAUCGCUUUAGCGGCCAUAUUUGCCUUUGUCUCUGCCGUGAGCCUCACAGCUGUUGUUGUUCUUAUUACAAACCAGCUUCGAAAACGAUACUUCAGUGAAUAUGAAGGAGAAUCAGAAGAAACAAAGAAACUUCGACAAGAAAAUAAUGCACAUACCAUUGUAUAA